UUAAAUGCCGGGCUCCGUCCGCCAACCAUCACGGCGUGUGUAGCUGUUGAUGUUGAUUCUAUCGGCAGUUCUGCAGCCGGGUUAUGCCUUUGCCCCCGACUGUUGUUGUCAUCCCGAGUUGGACGUAUAAGUUGCCGGAUCAGGAAUCCCGUGAAAAUGUGACUCAAUUCGCAACGGGCACUAUUAAUUGAGCUCCGCUUGCGCAGCCCACCGUGCUCCCCAACUUUUCGUUACAAUGGCCGCCCGUCUCACUCAAGUGCAAGGACACCUUUCGAACAACCAUCCUCGAGGCCUUCUGGCUGGCGAGGUUGCCAUCAUUACUGGCGCUGCACAAGGGAUUGGAAGGUCGACGGCUCUCUUAUUUGCUAAAGAAGGCGCAAAAGUCGUCGUGUCGGACUUGGAUGCGAAGAAAGCUGAGGCUGUCGUUGAGGAGAUUCGUGCUGCUGGUGGUGAUGCGAUUGCUGUUGGAGGUGAUGUGUCGGCAGAGGACUUCCCGGACAGAAUCAUAAAAGCCACCAUCGACAAAUACGGCAAACUUAAUCAUCUCAUCAACAAUGCUGGCUUCACAUUCGACAAAAUGAUUCACACCAUGACUGACCAGACGUUCGAUAUCAUCCUCAAGGUUCACGUCCGCGCUCCUUUCCGCCUUAUCCGUGCCGCAGCACCGUAUUUGCGUAUUAAGGGUAGCAAGGAAAACCGGUCAAUUGUAAAUGUCUCGAGCACCAGUGGUUUGCACGGAAACGUUGGACAAAUCAACUACGCGGCCGGGAAAGCUGCCGUGGUUGGUAUGUCAAAAACUAUCGCGAAAGAAUGGGGUUCGUUUGGUGUCCGUGCCAAUACGGUCGCUUAUGGCUUUAUUGAGACCCGCCUGACCGCUAACAAGGCUGAUGGCGCAUCCAUCGAAAUCGGAGGCAAGAAGAUUGCUCUGGGCGUACCGAAGCCCGCUGCUCCAACUGGCGACAAGAAAGCAGCUGCGCCGCCUGUUCCAAAUCCUAUUCCUCUCCAGCGCGGUGGUACUCCCGACGAGGCCGGUGCUGCCAUCCUCUUUUUGGCCUCACCUCUCGCCUCUUAUAUCUCAGGACACACUUUAGAAGUGACCGGUGGUCUCGGAAUUUGAUCCGAUCCUGUUGUAGGUAUACAAAAGAGAUAUACACUUCACUGGAGGAUGCCAUCUAUGCUUUUCCCACGCCAGAGACCCUUGCUAGAAGGUGAAGUGGACAUUUUAGAGCUCCUAGCAAAUGGCUUGGCAUAGGCGAAAGUGACUUCGAUUGUUCGUUUACUUGCGACGUUAGUAGUUUCUCUUUGGGUCAGCAUCGAGAAUCCGAUGGCAUAGCAUUGACACACAUGAGAAGGGGACUUAAGAUACAAACCGUCCUACGUGGAUUUGUAGUCGAGCUACGGGCUUG